GAAGCAUCAGUAAAAUCAGCUCAGACCCCAUGAAGGCCAUGAACGAUGCUGUGGACGAAUCCUCAAACUUCAUCUCGUCCAUAUUUCAUUUUGCUGCCAGUCUGAUUGCUCCUGAGGAGGAAGACGGAAAUCUUUACGCCGUGAGGAAAAAAGGAGAAUUCCUACCAUCGAGAAGUAAAGUUAUAAGAAUGCAAGCAAAGGAAACACUGGAAAAGAUGGAAGCAGAGGAAGAGGAGGAGGAAGAUGUGGAGUCUGCUGGGGGAGAUGAAGGAGAGGAGGAGGAGGAGGUGUAUGAGGAGGAGUAUGAGGAAGAGGAGGAGUAUGAGGAGGAGGAGUAUGAGGAAGAGUAUGAGGAGGAGUAUGAGGGAGAGGAGGAGGAAGAGUAUGAGGAGGAGUAUGAGGAGUAUGAAGAAGAAGAGGAGUACGAGGAGGAAGCUUGA